AGAGCAGAGCCUCCUCUCUGCAGACAUCGAACAGAACACAAGACCUUUUCUUAUCGUCAGACGACUUUGACUAACCUGCUCUAAAGGAGGGAAAAGGAUUGGUUACAUCGCGAAAAGCAGUCAAUAGAGACCGACCGGAGAGAAGUUGAACAACUCACCAGGAUCCCUGUCUGUCCCGUUUAUUCAUUAACAUGGAUUUCCAGUCUGAGAGUAUAAUCCCGGAGGCCAGCACCAUGGACACUCUGGAGAAGCAACUCAUCUGCCCAAUUUGUCUCGAAAUGUUUGAAAAACCGGUGGUGAUCCUGCCGUGCCAACACAACCUGUGCCGCAAAUGUGCCAAUGACAUUUUCCAGGCUGCCAACUCGUACUGGCAGUCGCGGAGCUCCUCCAUAUCGGGAGGAAGGUUCCGGUGCCCAUCUUGUCGGCACGAGGUCAUCCUGGAUCGGCACGGAGUGUAUGGGCUGCAGCGGAAUCUUCUGGUAGAAAACAUCAUCGACAUCUACAAAGAGGAGUGCACCAGGCCCGUGAAGAAGAGGGGAAAGCAGCUGAUGUGUGAGAAACACGAGGACGAGAAGAUUAACAUUUACUGUGUGACCUGCCAGACCCCCACCUGUUCCAUGUGCAAGGUCUUCGGGGCUCACAAGGAUUGCGAGGUGGCCCCUUUGCAGAAUGUAUUUGAACGACAGAAGGUGGAGCUGACCGAUUGUAUCGCCAUAUUGGUGGCUGGAAACGACAGAGUCCAGUUGGUCAUCAGCCAGUUAGAAGAGUCGUGCAAGUCCAUCGAGGAGAACAGCAAAUACCAGAAACAAUCGCUUGCUGAACAGUUUGACACCCUCUACGCCAUCCUGGAGCAAAAGAGGCAGGACCUGCUGCAAAGCAUCACCAAAGAGCAAGAAGCCAAAGUCGACCAUGUAAAGGGUCUGAUCAGCCAAUACAAGGCACACCUUGAGGGGUCCUCCAAACUGGUGGAAAAUGCCAUUCAAUCCGUGGAGGAAGCAGGAGUGGCCACUUUCCUGAUCAAUUCAAAGAUGCUGAUCAAAAAGAUGAUGGAGGCAUCUAAAGCUUCUCACAUACAAAGAACGGAGGUGGGCUUUGAGAACAUGGAGGAGUUCACAGUUAGUGUGGAGCAGGUAGAGGAGGUGCUGCAAAAUCUUCAGUUUGGAUCAGAUUAUGAUGAUGAAGAUGAAGAGUUGGAAGAAGAGAUAAAGGAAGAGGCUGAAGAGGAGGAAAUUCAAACUGAUGGCCAGCAAUAAGAUUGAAGUGACAGGAGAACCCAGAUGAAGACUUGGUGACCACUAGAGACAAAGCACGUCUGGUUUUCCAUUUGGAUCAGCUUCCCUGGAGGUCCCGGACGAGGUCAUGAAUGAUGCUGUAUUUUGAUGUGUUGUUAGUUGAUAAAAAACACUUUAAAAAAAAAUCAAUUUUUUUUUAUAUGGUGCAAAAUGGAUCAUUUUGUACUUUUUCUACACUAUUUUUGUAUAUAAUGCAAAGAAGUGAAUAUUGAUUGUACUUCUGUAAAAAAAAAAUCAAUGUGCAUUUUAGGAGCCAAAUGAGAUCAAGUUAUCCUUUGCUGUAGUUUACGAUGUUUGAUAAGACCUCUGUAGUGUUAUUUAGCUCGUGAACAAAGGGAAUUUGUUCAGCAGCACUGAACCUUACAAACCCAGCAAGUUAGUGGAGUAAGUCAGCGAUGAGAUCUACAGAUUUUAUAAUGAGUCACAGAUUGUAUGUAUCUUUAGACUUCACAUUGGUAUUUUGUACAGACUCUUGUAUGUGGCUGCUAUUAUUUCACACAAAUAAACUUAUUUAAUAUA